UAACAAAGAAAGGAAAUCAAAUAUGUAGUUCUUGAAAGUGACACCGAAGGGCGUAAAUUUUUCCAUGAAAUACGCGGGAGUUGUUAAUCCAUAUUCUGCAUUAUUACAAUGGAAUUGAACACACGGUUUAUUAGUAUACUUGCUGUUUAAAUUUGGAUGUGAAGUACAUAGCGUUAGGUGUAGAAUUUUUUUAUAUUUCUUCGGAAUAUUACAAAAUUCAUAAUGCCGGUUAUUAACAUGAAACCCCAAACUUUGAAAUAAUAAAUCAAAUUAAUUAUAGAUUAUUUUAGGUUAUUUGAAUUAACAAUUCUGACGUAGCGGUUAUCAAUCUCAAUCUUCAUGCAUAUGCACACACGUAUAUAUACAGAUAUAUAUGUUUAUCUGCAUACAUUAAUUAUAUGAGAAACAAUAAAAGAUACAUCAUUUACAAUAUAUUGAAUGGCCAUAUUAGUAAAAGACAGUUGGAUUUUGUGCUACAAGCAAUUGUUUUUUUACAACAAUCAUGAUAUUCGACUUUCUAAAAAAAUUUUUUGGGUGGGUAGAUGAAGCUCCUAGAAAGCGUAGAGUUUCAUUUAGUUCAGAAAAAGAAUUUGUUACUCCUAAAAAACAUCGUUGUGAUUAUAAUAUCAUUAAUGUGGAGGAAGAACCCAUUGAGAUUAAAGAUGACAGCGAUGGCGGUAUUCAAGAUAUUUCUAAAGAUAAAUAUUCUCCUAUUAAAUCAUCUAGUAGAUUGAAUGGUACAUGUAAUAGUAGAGACAAGUCACUGACAUGUUGUCCAUCAACCUUCUCGUCAUCAAAAUCACACCAAUGUUAUGAUAAAGUAAAUAUGGGACAUUCUAGUAAUAAAAGUGAUAGAGGACAAAAUGUUGUGCCACAUCAACAAUGUUCGACAUUAUUUAAAACUCAUCGUCUAAGAGAAAAAAAUCAGUACGAAGAGUUAUUACAAAAUUUUUUUCCACGUAGGAUAGAUGUUAUAUGUGAUAAACAUGAAGAUAAAAGAUCUAGACAGAAACCAAUAGAAGUAAUAGAUUUAGAUAAAUCUGGUUCUUCGUCUCCUUUUCCUAAAACUCAGCCAGCUUGUAGAAAACAUGAUAGAACAUUACAAAUGCAUUGGACUAUUCCAAUUAGAGAAAAGAAAGGUAGAGAAAUAAUUAUCAAUGUAGAUAAUGAUGAGAAAGAAAGGACGAUACAUUCCAUUCACAAUGAGACACAAUGUCCUAAAAAAAAUACGACUGUAGAAAAAUCUGCACAAAUUAAAUAUCCUGAAAGUAUAACUACAAACACCUUAAGAGAUCGAUUAGCAGCAAAAGCUGUAAUGAGAGAGGAUUUUGUCCCUCAAGUAACAAAAAGAUAUGAUGAACGAAUCGAACAACGUCAUAAAGAAGCAGAGGAGCUUAAAAGAAUGACCUGUGUUUUGUCUAAACAUAAUCGUUUAGCAAGGGAAGCUGCACUAGAAGAACAUCUAGCACGAUCUAUAAGAUUAUGUGAGGCUGUUUUGGAAAGAGAAAAAUUAGAAGAGCCAGAAUUACCUACUUUAACGGAGGAAAUGCUGCAAGAAGUAAGAAAUGCUCUUAUUUCUCGACCUUCAGAUGAAGUUCUUGUUGAAGGAUUUGGUUUAGGAAUAACAAGAAGAGAUAUUCAUACAUUAGCUGAUUUGAAUUGGUUAAACGAUGAAGUAAUAAAUUUUUAUAUGAAUUUAUUAAUAGCCAGAAGUACUAAUAAUGAUAAAUAUCCAAAAGUACAUGCUAUGAAUACGUUUUUUUAUCCAAAAUUAAUCUCAGGUGGACAUUCAUCCUUAAGAAGAUGGACUAGAAAAAUUGAUAUUUUUUCACAGGAUAUUAUUGUUGUUCCUAUACAUUUAGGCAUUCAUUGGUGUAUGUCAAUAAUCGACUUUAGGGAUAAGUCUAUUCGUUAUUAUGACAGUAUGGGUGGCAACAACUCCAAGUGUCUGUCAGCAUUACGACAAUAUUUGGAAGAUGAAAGUUUGGAUAAAAAGAAGCAAACUUAUGAUACCAGUAGCUGGAAAUUAGAGUGUGCCAAAAAUAUCCCACAACAAAUGAAUGGCAGUGACUGUGGAGUCUUCUCUUGUAUGUUUGCUGAAUAUAUUUGUGGAAAUAAAAAGAUCACGUUUACACAGCAGGAUAUGCCAUAUUUUCGAAAUAAGAUGAUUUAUGAAAUACUGAAGUCCAAGCUUUUAUAAAAAAAAAGAUAUUUAUUUAAACAACUACUGACAAUGUAUAAGCAGAAUAACUUACAACAACUUCCAAAAAUUACAAAAUAUUUUAGCAUAAAAGAGUUUACUACUGGAUAGAAUAUCCUAAAGACAUUCUGAGAAUAUUCUGUGAACAUUUAUAUGGAAAAGUAAUGUUAUUCACAUUAUUACUAUAGUAUUUAAAAGAGUUACGCUGUAUAAUCUUUUUUUUUUGUAGUAUCAUUUUUGUUUAAAAGUGGAAUGUUAUUUUCUUUUUUAAUGUAAAGAAUAACAGAGUAAUUUGUUAACACAAGUUGAAAAAAUAAUGUCAUAAUAAAUAGUAUUUUCACUUAAUAGGAAUCACACUUAUUUUAAUAACAAUAGAAUUCAAUAAAAAGUGUAAUAUUUAGCUACUGCACAUUCUUUAUACAAAAAUAAGAAAAUGUAAUGUAUUAUAAUGCUUUAUUUCGAAUAAAUGUCAAAUUAUAAAAUUA